AGAAAUGGUAAACCUACUUGAAAACGCUACUGCCACUAACCUGUCAAACCAGUUGAACUCAACGAACUGGUUCGCAUCAAACAUAAAUGGCCCUUUGUACGUUUUCCAAGCUCCCAAGUUGUAUCACCACGCGUUUGCCAUGUGGUUGGGUACAAUAUGCGUGGUUGGUGUCAUUGAAAACGCCCUUGUCAUUCACUUCACCAAGUCAGAGGCCAAGGUGAAUGCUGUGGCUGACCUAAGAGAAGGAAGACAUGCCUUGGUGUACUACUUCGUCAAUAACUUGGCCUGGUCCGACCUUGCAGGGGCUCUCUGUACCGCGAUAAACAUCCCGUAUUUCUAUGUCGAGUUAUACUCGGAGAGAUGGAGCUGCCAGCUACUGCGUUUCACUGCCAUCCUCUUUCCAGUCUUAACCAUCUACCUACUCACUUGCAUAAGCAUUGAAAGGUAUAUCGCCGUAGUGUGGCCUUUUCACACUCUCUCGCCCAAGAGCUCCGUGACCACGGUGCGGUGUGGAGGUUGGUGUAUCUGCUCCGUUGUGUCCAUCAUCGGCGCGGUGUCUUAUGGGAACCAUAAGCGUUUCCUUGGAGAUGGUUCUACCUAUGCACUGGAGUGUGGACCCGCCCCAGACCCCACGAGUAGGGUGUUGUUCUUUGUGUUUUUCCUGAUGGCAAACGUCAUUCCUGGUAAGACAUGUGAAGCGUAA